AUGGGUCAAAGUCAAUCAAUAGAAGCAGUUAUUGUUGAUCAAUCAUCCGAAGCUUCUUUCACCAUAGAUAGAUUAAGGGAAAGAUUGAAUAUGCAUGACGAUGAAUUUAAAUCAGGAUUUGAUAACGAAUCUGAGACUGCAAUGAAAGGAACCGGUGCUAAAGAUCUAAGGACAAUCAGUUCAAAUAAGGAUUUAAAAAUUGAAUUUUCAAGUGAGUACAACUAUGAAACUGUUAGAAAGAUUGUUUCUCUAUCAUUAAAAACAGCAAGCUCACCAUAUGGAGAUAACUUGGAGUUAACAGAAGAAACUAUCAACUCUUUUGCAGAGCUUGUUGCCAACUUUUAUGAUUACUCAAAGAAAAGGGCUUAUUCAAGAAGUACAUCUUUUGAUUUGUUAAUGAACCGAGUGUUACCUGGUUUCUUUGUCUGUGUUGGUUGUUCCUCUCUUUCAUUAAAAGAAGAUCUUUUCUUUGGAACCGAAAUAGUUGUGGCAACUGCUUUUUUCUACAAAAUCAUGGUCAGCAUCGAUGAUAUUAAGAAAGAAGAUAGAAACAAUACUAUUGUGAUGAAGACCAAAGUAAUAGAGAUUAUGAAAUCAGUUCAAGUUCAAAAUCUUAGGAAUUUGGUUGAUGGAGUUAUUACAAAAGAAGAAUGGUAUGCAAUUGAAGAUAGAACAACAAAAGCAAUAGAAAAAUUACAAAAAGAAUUGAAUCAAUUAUGUUUAACCAGAAUGGUUUCUCAACUGAUCUCUCCAAUAUCACAUUCAGGUCUAAUAUAUACUUCUCCACCAGAAAUCUCUUUGGAAAAUCAAGCAAAUGAGUCCCUCUCCAAUUCUAAUCUUAGUCCAGAAAUAGUAGAACUAUUCAAAAAGAGAUUAGGAAGUGGAUACUUUAAUCAAAAAUAA